GCGGGGUGCCGGGCGGGAAUGUAAGAUGGCGGAAUCGUAACAUCGAGCGGUCGGUGUGAGUGACUUACUGGGUCGACUUAGGUUCCCGUCUCCACGGCAGCAGGGAUCGCUGAGAGAAGAGCGCCUAGGGUCGUUGCCCAAGAUGCCGAAUAUCAAAAUUUUCAGCGGCAGCUCCCACCAGGAUUUAUCCCAGAAGAUUGCGGACCGCCUAGGCCUGGAGCUGGGCAAGGUGGUGACUAAGAAAUUUAGCAACCAAGAGACGUGUGUGGAAAUUGGUGAAAGUGUACGUGGAGAAGACGUUUACAUUGUUCAGAGUGGUUGUGGUGAAAUCAACGACAAUCUCAUGGAGCUUUUGAUCAUGAUUAAUGCCUGCAAGAUUGCUUCAGCCAGCCGAGUCACUGCAGUCAUCCCGUGCUUCCCUUAUGCCCGGCAGGAUAAGAAGGAUAAGAGCCGAGCUCCAAUCUCAGCCAAACUUGUUGCAAAUAUGCUGUCUGUAGCAGGUGCAGACCACAUUAUCACCAUGGAUCUACAUGCUUCUCAGAUUCAGGGCUUUUUUGAUAUUCCAGUGGACAACUUGUAUGCAGAGCCAGCUGUCCUGAAGUGGAUUAGAGAGAAUAUCUCUGAAUGGAGGAAUUGUACAAUUGUCUCACCUGAUGCUGGUGGAGCCAAGAGAGUUACCUCCAUUGCAGAUCGGUUGAAUGUAGACUUUGCUUUGAUUCACAAAGAGCGGAAGAAGGCCAAUGAAGUGGACCGCAUGGUGCUGGUGGGAGAUGUGAAGGAUAGGGUGGCUAUCCUUGUAGAUGAUAUGGCUGACACUUGUGGCACGAUCUGCCACGCAGCUGACAAACUUCUCUCAGCUGGCGCAACCAGAGUCUAUGCAAUCUUGACUCAUGGAAUCUUUUCUGGCCCAGCCAUUUCUCGUAUCGUGAUUGACAUCUCCAUGAUCCUCGCAGAAGCCAUCAGGAGAACCCACAAUGGGGAGUCUGUUUCCUACCUGUUCAGUCAUGUCCCUUUAUAA